AUGUCGAGUAGUAGUGAUGAAAGUGUGAUGAACACGUCUGUAGAUGAUCAGCCAGCUGUUAAAAAGAAAAGAGGAGUAAGAAAUAAGCAUUUGUAUAAAAGUCAGGUGCAAAAAUCACAUCGUCUUCAUGGCGAGGCCUACACAAGUACUUCUAGUGGGAAAUAUGUGGAAGCGAAAUCGAAUACUGGAGAGGAGUGUAAGUGCAAAAAGUUUUGCACUUUGAAUUUUGGGGUAGAAGAAAGGCAAGAUAUUUUACUAAGUUUGUAUAAUGGAAGACCUAAAAAUGAGCAAGACACAUUUCUCAUGGGUCUGAUAAAAUGUUCAUCUGUCGCCAGGAGACGCUCUUCAAAUGAAAAUCGUAAGAAACGUGAUUUUACAUUCACAUAUUUCAUCUUAUCUAACGCAGAAAGGAUUGAAGUGUGCAGGCAAGCUUUCUCUAUUCUGUAUGAUAUAAAAAACAAUGCAAUUUUUCGUCUGACAACUAUCCUUUCUAAGGGAAUGCAGCCUCAAGAUAGACGUGGUCAGCAUCCAAAUCGUGGUAACUCGAUGCCUAAUGAUAUACUUCUUGCUAUUGACGAACACAUUAAGUCGUAUCCGCUAAAAGAGUCGCAUUAUAGCAGCAAGCAUGUUCAGUACCUAGAUGCUAGUUUGAACGUAAAGAUCAUGUAUGAAAUGUUUUGCACUAAGCACCCUGAUCUUCAAGACACUGUCAAAUAUGAUUUUUUUAGAAAAUUGUACAAUGAAAACUACGGUUUUCGAUUUGGACGGCCACAAGUCGACGUUUGUUCGACUUGUGAAGACCUAGAGACCAAAAUAAAAAGUCCGACUCUUAAUGAUGUUGCUAAGCGUGUACAUGUAGUAGAAAAAAUCGUUCACUUGAAACGUGCUAAAAAAUUUAACAGCAAACAACAAGAAAUUUUAGCAUUGUGUAAAGAAAGGGCAGAUGUCGGAGCAAUCGUUUUCGAUUAUAUGCAAAAUUUGCCGAUUCCCAAAAUUCCCGUACAAGAGAUGUUUUACUUAAGAAAGUUGUGGCUCUACGUCUUUUGUGUUCAUGAUUUGAAAUCAAAUACUGCCAACUUCUAUACGUACCACGAAGGUGAGGCUAAACGAGGUCCCGACGAAGUUUGUAGCUUGUUGUGGAAAACUAUUCAAAAUAUUGACCCAGCUGUAAAGGUACUUCACGUGUUCAGCGACGCUUGCGGGGGUCAAAACAGGAAUAAUACCCUCGUAAGGUUUUUCCUCAUAUUGAUAUAUCUGGGUCGUUUUGAGAAGAUACAUCAAUAUUUUCCAGUACGUGGGCAUUCAUUUUUGCAAUGCGAUCGUAACUUUGGUACUGCUAAACGCCUGAUAAGAAAAAAAGACAGGAUCUACACCCCUGACGUAUACAACGAUAUGAUAUCCACGGCUAAAAAGACAGGAUUUUCAGUCACGAACAUUACUUCAGAAGAUAUUCUGGAUUUCAAGAAAACUUGGCCAUUAUACUACAAAAAAACGUCGAAAUCAGUUGACAAAGCUUCGACGUUUACCAUAUCCAAGUAUCGACACUUAACGUACAGUGCAUCACACAAGGGAUAUUUGACUGCACGUGAAUACAUUGACGGACUGGUGAAACAUCACUUUUUAUUACAGAAAAAUAAUGUGCACCCCGCAUUGCCUGAAAAUAAAGCAUACACUGCGAGCAGAAUAGGUCUCAGCAACGCUGGAGUCAAUAGCCUGAACCUUAACAACAUUGCUGGAGUUACCAGUGCCAGUCUCAAUAAUGCUGGAGUUAGCAGCAUCGGUCUUAACAACGCUGGUAUUAGUGGGAUUAGCGUUAACAAUGCUGGAUUAGUCGGUGCUGGGAUUGGAAGCAGCAGUUUAGCAGGCGUUGGCGUGCAAAACGUGGCCGCCAACGCGGCUGUGCCAGUCACCGGCCCGUUCACCGCCACUGGCAACGCCGAGCUCGCUGUAGGUGGAGAGUUCAACGCAGGUGGUACAGCCGUAAUCGGUGGUCAAAUCCCAGUUCUUGGUGCGGUCUCCUUCACUGGCCAAAUACCCGCCAGUGGAGUCGUGUCCAUCGCGGGCAACUGUGGAUGCAGCAACGUACCUCUAUAA